GAUGCUGUCUCCGCCCCCAGCUCCAGCAGAAAGUGCUCAGAGAGGCUUUUCCGCUCACUGUCCAGCUAAGUAGGCGGCCUCCUCUGCUCUCCAUCUUCAGGCUCCAACUUUGAAGCGCUUUGCCUGCCACUCCGUGCAGGUCCUAGGGAAGCGCAGAGGCCCAGGCUCGAAUCUCGCUGCAGUCGGAGCCCUGGUCGCCCCGGACGCCGCGUUGUGGCGGAUCCAUCCAGAAAGGGGCUGCCUGUGUGCGGUGGCUUGUGGAGCCGGGACAGGAGGCCGGCAGGCUUAGCUCGUUGGGCUCCGCUCUCGAAGGGGAACUUCACACUGGAGAGGAGUGGAAGAACCUGUCUUGGAGAUUUUCCCAGGGAGAUCCUGAGGUCAUUCAUUAUGAAGCAUACCACACGGGAGUGGCUCAGAGCGACCACAGUGCUGCUAUUCAUGGCUACAGCCGUUCCAGCCAUGGUAGUUCCUAAUGCCACUUUAUUGGAAAAACUUUUGGAAAAGUACAUGGACGAGGAUGGCGAGUGGUGGACCGCCAAGCAAAGAGGGAAAAGGGCCAUCACAGACAAUGACAUGCAGAGUAUCUUGGACCUUCAUAAUAAAUUACGAAGUCAGGUGUACCCAACAGCAUCAAAUAUGGAGUACAUGACAUGGGAUAUUGAGCUGGAAAGAUCGGCAGAGUCCUGGGCUGAAACUUGUUUGUGGGAACAUGGGCCUGCAAGCUUGCUUCCAUCAAUUGGACAGAAUUUGGGAGCACACUGGGGAAGGUAUAGGCCCCCAACAUUUCAUGUACAAGCAUGGUAUGAUGAAGUGAGAGACUUUAGCUACCCAUAUGAACAUGAAUGCAACCCAUAUUGCCCAUUCAGAUGUUCUGGUCCUGUAUGCACUCAUUAUACACAGGUUGUGUGGGCAACAAGUAGCAGAAUAGGCUGUGCCAUUAAUUUGUGUCAUAACAUGAACAUCUGGGGGCAGAUAUGGCCCAAGGCUGUCUACUUGGUGUGUAAUUAUUCCCCGAAGGGGAACUGGUGGGGCCACGCUCCCUACAAACACGGAAGACCCUGUUCUGCUUGUCCACCUAGCUUUGGAGGAGGCUGUAGAGAAAAUCUGUGCUACAAAGAAGGAUCAGACAGGUACUAUACUCCUCGAGAAGAAGAAACCAAUGAAAUUGAACGAGAACAGUCACAAGUCCACGACACCCAUGUUCAGACAAGAACAGAUGAUAUUAAUACAAAUGAAGUCAUAAGCACACAACAAAUGUCCCAAAUUGUUUCUUGUGAAGUAAGAUUAAGAGAUCAGUGCAAAGGAACAACUUGCAAUCGAUAUGAAUGCCCUGCUGGCUGUUUGGAUAGUAAAGCUAAAGUUAUUGGCAGUGUAUAUUAUGAAAUGCAAUCCAGUAUUUGUAGAGCUGCAAUUCAUUAUGGUAUAGUGGACAAUGAUGGUGGUUGGGUAGAUAUCACCAGACAAGGAAGAAAACAUUAUUUCAUCAAAUCCAAUAGAAAUGGUGUUCAAACAAUUGGCAAAUAUCAUUCUGCUAAUUCCUUCACAGUCUCUAAAGUAACAGUUCAGGCUGUCACUUGUGAGACAACGGUGGAGCAACUCUGCCCAUUCCAUAAACCUGCUUCACACUGCCCAAGAGUAUACUGCCCUCGAAACUGUAUGCAGGCAAAUCCACAUCAUGCUCGUGUAAUUGGAACUCGAAUUUAUUCUGAUCUGUCCAGUAUCUGCAGAGCAGCAGUGCACGCUGGGGUGGUUCGAAAUCAUGGUGGUUAUGUUGACGUUAUGCCUGUGGACAAAAGAAAGGCAUACACCGCUUCUUUUCAGAAUGGAGUCUCCUCAGAAAGUUUACAGAAUCCUCCAGGAGGAAAGGCAUUCAGAGUAUUUGCUGUUGUGUGAAAUAGAAUACUUGGAAGAGGAUCAUAAAAACUAUUCUAAAUGCCAUAUUUCUGAAGUUUGUAUAAAACUGUAAAAUUACUGUACAGAACAUAGCAACUAUUUUAAGUCCCCCCCUGCACCUAAAGUGCCAACUACAUAUAAAUCUUGAUAGACAAAGUCUGUAAAAUAAAGCAUGGGACAUUAUUAGCUUUGGAAAAAUUAAUGAAUAUGUAAUGGUUUUAGAAAUCCUGUGUUGAAUAUUGCUAUAUUUUCGUAGCAGUUAUUUCUACAGUUAAUUACAUAGUCAUGACUGUUCUACCUUUUAUAUGUUAUAUCACAUGGUGCUUUGUAUAUGCCACUAAUACAAUGAAUCUAAACAUUGAAUGUGAAUGGCCCUCAGACAAUCAUUUGGCAUAUUUAAAAAACAAUAAUGAUAAAAAUAAUAACUGUAAAAAUGAAAGAAACCAUGUUAUUACAUUUUCCCCAGUUUAAUAGUAUGCCAUUACCUACACCAAAUAAUCUCAAAUUGUUUUUCAUUUUUUACGUGUAUAGUUUUUCUCUUCUGUUAAAUUUAAACAUAUAGGAUAUUAAGUCCUGAUGCUAUACUUCUUAUUUUGUAUAAAGUAAUUCCUUAAUAUCCAAAUGAGUCUAUUAUAAUGUUUGAUUCUCUAGGAAUGGCUUUAAUAGUAAAUGCAAUGAAGUUAGAGUGGUGGCAGGGUGACAUUCCUAGUGAUUAUUCAAUAAACAGUGAGGUAUGCGUGGGCAGCCAAAGCUUUCUGCAUAUUGUUCACACUGACGUCAAGUCCUCUUUUGUAUCCUGGCAAAUACUCCUGCAGGCCAGGAAGUAUUAUAGCAAACCUUUUAACAAAGAUGAAUUAUAACAUAUUGCAUCACCAUUGCCACUGAUUUUCCUAAUGGUAAAUGGCUGUGUGUAUAAAUGUUGCCAUAUUAUGGUACCUAUAAUGGUGAUAUACCAGUACUUGUUUCUGUGAAAAAUGUAUUGUGCUUUGAGACUAAUACCUGAAAAAUGUUAAUUUUGGUUUUGUUUUUUUCCUGCUGAAUUUACU